UUUCGCCCGCCCAAAUACGCAACAUCACCGACAGCUCAAAUAUUUGAAUCUCUCUCUCUCCAAAUUCAUACCAUAGUUUCAGCUUCUUCUUAUCUUUGACCCCUCAUUUCAAACAUACAACUAGUUUGCCUCUAUCAUCUCUACAUUCGUACAUUUCAAUCAGACCCAAAACCCCAGAUUUAUUUUUUGUUAACUGAAAACCCUAGAUUUCUCAAUCUACAUUACCGAUCGUUAUAUCAUCUCUGAUAUGGCAAACUCGGAUUCCACAUCAUCAGUCCCUGCCGUUGCUCCUCCUCUCUCCUCCAAGAAGGAGAACAUAACGCCUAUGAGCUCAAAAAUCUCUGAAUUGAGUGAAUCAAGGGCGGAGCUUCUCAAUAGGAUUCAAGGACUUAAACAGGACCUUCAAAGUUGGAGGUCGAAACUCGACACUCAAGUUAAGACCUACCGCAAUGAGCUUUCAGAAGUCAAGAAAUCACUGAAUGUUGAAGUGGAGCAGCUUAGAUAUGAUUUUCAACAACUGAAGACUACUCUCCAGCAGCAGCAGGAGGAUGUCACUGCCAGCUUAAGAAACCUGGGGUUGCAGGAUGUUUCAGGAAAAGUUGAACAAAACGAAGGCUCCAAGGUUGAAGCCAAUGAUGAGAGAGUCGAAGCUUUAGCUGAAGAGGAUACUGGUAAAGAAACUGAAAAGUAGAUUUAUUUUCCUUGCAUUGUUAUAAAUUUUUAGACAAUCAUCUAUUUAUGACACCAUUUGUGAAUGUUGUGCAUUGUGCUCCUAAGUUAAAAGAGACGCCACAUCAUCGUCUAGUUCAGGACAGAUCGUCGUCUGUUGUAUGUCUUUAUUUAUAUUUUCAAUGGUGCAAAGAGAACUUAUUGUUAUGCUUUAAAAUUGGCCUAAUUUUUGCAAUUGAUUUUACUG